AUGAACCGGGGUUUUGUAUUUUUAUUUAUAUUUCCUUUCGUUUUUUCAGCUGACUGCAACACAGGGUGUAACAGCACAAUGAUAGGGGAUGGAACAUGCAACACUGAAUGCGAUGUUUAUGCUUGCAAUUGGGAUAAUGGAGAUUGUGGGUCAAUUUGCAGUACUUCAUGUUUAUAUACAAUGGUUGGGGACGGUGUCUGCCAGUCUUAUUGCAAUACAGAAAAAUGCAGCUACGAUUUAAACGAUUGCACCUCUUGCAAAAACGCUGGGUGCACACUUUCAAAUUUAGGUAAUGGAGUUUGCAAUUCAAACUGCGAUAUAGCUAUCUGCAAUUAUGAUAACGGAGAGUGCAAUAAAUAUGUAAUAUACAACCAAACUUAUGAAUUAGUUAACUAUACACAAUCAGAAACUGAUGUUAAAGAAUGAAAUUAUGGAAAAGUCGCAGGCGUUGGCUUAGGGGUGUUUUUGACGAUCGUUGCAAUUAUUGUAGGUGUUUUAGUAUGCAUUAUCGGCACAGCAACUCCAUGCUUUCUUGUAAUGUUUAUAUUGGGAAUACUAAUUCCUCUGAUUACAUUUUUAAUAGUAGGCUUGGCUCCUCAUCAUAAAAAUGAAGAAAAGAACACUGAUAACCGGCAUGACUAUUAUUUAGCUGCAAGGAUUGUGUUUUUGGUCAUUAUGGUCGUUUUCGGGCUGUUUUCUUGUGUUAGUGUUGUUAAUUUUUAUUUUGGGGUGAAUCUGAAGACAAGAAGAGUUGAUUCAAGAAUCACAGGAGCCGCACUUGCUGAUUUGUUAGAAAAGAAAAAUGAACCGCCUCAGGAGGGAAAUGAUUUGCAAGAAGGGCAGAUGCCACAAGGAGAUGGGCUUGAAAUGCAGCCAGUAAGGGAUCAGUCACAGUUACAAUAUCGAUCUAGGGGAGAUGCGGGCCAAGCUUAUGAUCCUUAUGGGUAUAUGCAAGAUCAGCCUCCUAGUCGUGAACAAAGCAGAUUUAUUCAAGGUCUAAUUCCCCCCCUCUAUGAGCGAAAGAAAAAAUGGAGGGGGUUAAUUUUUUUUUUUUAAAACAUUUAUAUAUAAAUUUUUAUAAAAAUUUUUUUUUCGAAAUUUUUUAAAAAAAUCCUAAUUCGCAAAAAUUGGAAAGCAAAUAUUAAUUUAAUUUAUAAAAUUUAUGUUUUAAGGUGCAAUUGUUUAAAAGUAAACAGAAUAAGCUAUAGAUUUCAUUAUAACUAAUUAUCUUUUAUAUAUCAAUUUUUUUUAUAAAAAAUUUUUGUUCAUUCACGGAGGGUGGAUUUUUUAGGUAAAAACUAGGGAUUUUUUCUAAUGGUUUUGUUCGCUCACGGAGGGGGAGAGUAAGCAGAUUUUCGCAAGAUCAAGGCAGGUUUGGACCAGAUCAAAGCAGAUUUGGACCAGAUCAAAGCAGAUUUGGACCAGAUCAAAGCAGAUUUGGACCAGAUCAAAGCAGGCUUGGGCAAGACCAAAGCAGAUUUGGGCAGGAUCAAAGCAGGCUUGGACAGGAUCAAAGUAGAUUUGGGCAAGACCAAGGGCGAUUUAACCAAGAUCAAGGAAGGUUCGGCCAAGAUCAAAGUAGAUUCAGUCAAGAGCAAGGCAGAUUUGGCCAAGACCAAAGUAGGUUUAGUCCAGAUCAAAGUAGAUUUGGGCAAGAUCCAGGUAGAUUACCUCAAAGCCAAAUAAGCGCAAAUCAAGACCCUAGAAGAUCGCCACCUGGCUACCAAAAUGAAAUAAGAGAAGACCUUCCAGUCUAUCCGCCAGGCAGAAGCGCCAACCGAGGAUAUUCAAAUGGCCAAGGUCAGCCUAGAGAUGGUAGUUUAUAUCAAGAUCGCAGAUAA